AUGACUCCAGUUACAGAAGACCAUAGAAUUUUCGCAGAUCUUGACCCGUACACAGGCACAGUGAUUCGAGGAAGCAAGAAGGCUCAAUUCAAUGUUUUUAUGCGCCCGGUCACCGACAUAGCUGCGACAGAAAAUCUCCGCACUACGCUAAUGCCAAUAUUCUGGGUAGACGAGGGAAUGUCGCUGCCAGAAGACCUCUCGAACAUGAUCAAAAGUAGACUGUUAGGUUCUUUAAAUUUAGUUAGUAUAUUUAUACCGAUAUUGAUUUCUUUGAGCGGCGUCGUCGCCAUCGUCGGCUUUGUGCUCAUCAUUUGGGCGAAGAGACGAGCGAAAAGCUUCUAA